GUUCAACUCUUCGCAGCACACUUUCUCAGCAAGAGCUCUGCGUCGAAAUUUAGGGAGGAGCAUUGAGUAGUAAUCGUCUCCCUCUGCCUGCCCUUUUUACCGCGGCCAUUGGGUGCCCCCAUACCUCUAGUGUUCCUUCCGAAAGCACCACGCUCGCCUACAAAUCACGGCGCCGUGACCACGCGCCGCUGCUCUCUCCCCAGUCCUCCACCUCGCACCGCCGUUCCCAUUUCCGGCCUCGCCGGUGCGUGCAUGCGCGCGCGAGGGACGGCAAGUGAGCUCAGCUCCAGCACGCAAUCGGCAGCAGAGUGAGCUCACCCUCUCCCUCCGUCGCUGCUCCGCGGCCUAUUGAAUUAUGUUCACAGUUCGGGGAUCAAGACCAUCGGGCCAAACUAUUCCAAAGAAAUUUUCAGACAUGAGAUACUCCAAUGUUUCCUGGACAUUCCUUCUACUGCUAUGUUUUGUUUCGAUGGCAGAUGCAGAGUACAUGAAGUACAAGGAUCCAAAGCAGCCUAUUAACUCUAGAAUCAGGGAUCUUAUUGGUAGGAUGACCCUUGCUGAAAAAAUUGGCCAAAUGACACAGAUAGAACGCCAAGUUGCAUCUGCAAAUGUCAUGAAAAAGUACUUUAUAGGAAGCAUCUUAAGUGGUGGUGGAAGCGUUCCUGCUCCCCAGGCCAGUCCUGCAAUUUGGGUGAACAUGGUCAAUGAAUUCCAGAAAGGUGCCUUGUCAACGCGUCUAGGAAUUCCAUUGAUUUAUGGAAUUGAUGCUGUUCAUGGUAAUAAUAAUGUCUACAACGCCACUUUAUUCCCUCAUAACAUCGGGCUUGGAGCUACAAGGGAUCCUGGCCUCAUAAAAAGAAUUGGUGAAGCAACUGCUCUUGAAGUGCGUGCGACAGGCAUUCAAUAUACUUUUGCUCCAUGUAUUGCAGUUUGCAGAGAUCCAAGAUGGGGUCGAUGCUAUGAGAGCUACAGUGAGGAUCACAAGGUUGUGCAGCAGAUGACAGAUAUUAUCCUUGGUCUGCAGGGCGAGAUCCCAGUCAAUCAUACCAAGGGAGUUCCAUAUGUUGCUGGGAAGGAUAAGGUUGCUGCUUGUGCUAAACACUAUGUUGGUGAUGGUGGAACUCAUAAUGGAAUCAAUGAGAAUAACACAAUCAUUGAUGAACAUGGGCUGCUAAGCAUUCACAUGCCACCAUAUUAUGACUCUAUCAUAAAGGGUGUUGCUACUGUUAUGGUUUCUUACUCAAGCUUGAAUGGUGUAAAAAUGCAUGCCAACCAUCACUUAAUCACUGGAUACCUGAAAUCCAAACUGCAUUUUAGAGGUUUCGUGAUAUCAGAUUGGCUAGGAGUAGACCGUAUCACCUCACCUCCUGGCGCGAACUAUACUUAUUCUGUGCAAGCCGGAAUCAAUGCUGGCAUUGAUAUGGUCAUGGUGCCAUACAAUUACACUGAUUACAUUAACGAUUUGACUUCUCUCGUUCACAAGGGUGUCAUCAAUAUGAGCAGAAUUGAUGACGCUGUGAGACGUAUCCUUCGAGUCAAAUUUACAAUGGGCCUGUUUGAGAACCCUUUAGCUGAUCUUAGUUUUGCAGAGCAGCUUGGAAAGAAGGAGCAUAGGGAGCUGGCUAGAGAAGCUGUGAGGAAAUCACUUGUUCUAUUAAAAAAUGGGAACCCUCCCGAGCAGCAAUUUCUACCUCUCCCUAAGAGAGCUAGAAGUAUCCUGGUAGCUGGAAGUCAUGCUAGCAAUUUGGGGUACCAGUGUGGUGGAUGGUCAAUCAAAUGGAUGGGGGGCAGUGGUGAUAUCACAACCGGAACAACAAUUCUUGGUGCCAUAAAGUCUACCGUUGCUGACUCAACGUCUGUUGUCUACUCUGAGAACCCUGAUGACAGUUUCAUGAAGCAUAACGACUUCUCAUUUGCUAUCAUCAUUGUUGGCGAGCCACCCUAUGCUGAAACAGUCGGCGAUAGCACUGACCUCACUAUGCUAGACCCUGGUCCAGACACAAUCAGAACUGUGUGUUCUGCAGUUAAAUGUGCAGUAGUCAUCAUUUCGGGUCGUCCCAUUGUGAUUGAGCCGUAUGUUCCAUUAAUGGAAGCGCUUGUUGCAGCUUGGCUUCCGGGAACCGAAGGUCAGGGGGUUGCAGAUGUACUCUUUGGAGACUAUGGUUUCACAGGCAAGCUCCCACAGACCUGGUUCAAGUCUGUCGACCAGCUGCCCAUGAAUGUGGGAGACCCACACUACGAUCCACUCUACCCUUUUGGCUUCGGUUUGACGAUAAAUUCAUCAUUGCCAGGGUUCUCUGGUGUUGACAAUCUGGGAUAUAAGAAGCAAAGAGUGCUAUUUGUUGUGCUGUGUUCUCUACUGCCAUUGGUACUAAUCAGUUAAUAAAUUGGGCAUAGACAGUAUCUCAACGCCUAGAGCCCUUUUGUAGUUCUCAUAUGAUUAGCGUGUUACUAAUCUAGCAUUAGUAAUUGUUGAUUAUUUCUUAACGGCCUCAUGACUCUCUGCAAAAUGUGUCACUGGACAUCAAUCAUUAAUCAAUCCUUUUGUUUUCGUCGAUCCA